AUGUAAAAUAAAUACAAAAAGGUCUAGGACAUCUUCAUAGAAAUGGAUAAAAAAUGCCUUUUAGAAUAAAAUAAAUAUGAAACCAGAUUGGGUUUAUGCGAGAUUGAUGGACAUAAGAAACAUGCGGUGAUUAAAAUAAUUGGAAACGAUAAUCAACCUGAAAGUUUGAGAUAAAUAGAGGCCAUUAGAAAUAUGGCUGCCAAAACCUAAAUGCUUAAGGGUAAUCCAUAUAUAGUUGAAUGUUAUUCUCGCUAAAGAACAUAAAAUACUUUUUAUUUUGCUUUCAAAAAAUGUAAAUAAAACAUAUUGUAAGCAACUUUGGACUUUUAUGAGAUUCUGCAUUUGUUAGCAUCAAUGAUAUAAUUACUAAAAUUAUUCUAAUAGAAGGGGGAGUAUCAUGGUAAUUUGAAACCCACCAACAUUUUUUAAUAAAAGAAGCUUAAUUCCACAAUUUGUUUCUCCACCACAGAUUUUUUCCCUUUUCAAUAUUCUAAUAGGAUAUAGGAAGAAUACAUAGAUCCAGAAUUUGAUAAGGAGAGACCCUCUAUAGCAAAUGAUAUAUAUUCUUUAGGGAAGGUUUGCAAUUUCGUAAUUAAGAACAGAAAGUGUCCUUACUAAAAUCUAAUCAAUCAAAUGAGCUGUAGCAAAUAGGACAGAAUAAAAUUAGAUCAAUUAGAAUUAUAAGUUGAAUAGAUGAUUGAAAAAUAUGAGUAAAAAAGUUUAAGAAUGGAAUUGAAUUAGAAAGGCAUAACAGAGGAAGUCAUCUAAAAAAUAAUAAUGCAAUAGGUGGAGAAUUAAAAAAAGAAAUAAUAGGAAUAAAUUAAAUGGUCAGAUUUCGAAAUGAGUUUAACAGCCGAUAAAGACUUUAAUCUCAGAGAUAGGGCUUAAUUUUUGUAUUUAAUGUCAUAAGAGAUUCGCAAUUUGUAAUCUAUAGAUUAAUUCCUAUUGGAUUGUUUAAUUUUAUCGUGUCUUUCAGAAUCCUAUAAUAGUUAUCAAGAAUGUUAAAAAAUAACAUAAAAUAAAAAAUUGAAAUAAUUAGUAGAAUCAGACUUAAUGUAGAUGAAUAAAUAUUUAAAUAUCAUCAAUUUGCAAUGUGAAUUGUAUGUUUAGGAUUUAAUUCUCAAGGAAUAUGACGUUGGAUUUUUGAAAUAAUAUAUAUCAACUUACUCACAACCCAAUAAUUUAUUCAAAAAGGCUCUUAGUUUAGUGAUGGAAGAUAUAAUUAAUAAGAAUCUAACAAAAGAAUUGUAACUAAAUGAUGAAUUAGAUAAAUCAGAUAUAAAAGCAUUGAACUACAUUUUAGUAUCAAAUUAAAUGAAAUAAGACGUGUGCUAUGAUUAUAAAGGAUUGCAAUAAUUUAUCCAAUCUUAAUUACAAGUAGUAUAAUUAUGA